AUGGGCUGCGACACCGAUACCGACACCGACACCGACUCGUGUAGCUGCAAAGCGUCCGACAGCUUCAGCAAAGCAAGGCAGGAUACAGGACAAGACAGUACGGGCUGGCUUAUUGGCGGAACAGCGAUCUCCAACUUGCCCGACACAGCGACGCGGACAAGGGCCUUACUAUGGACGAGGGUGGGGGGGCCUGCUGCCGGCGCGCAAUCGCUCAACGCGUGCCCAUUCAAGAGACCCUCAUCGAGCUCUGAACCAGCUGCGGCGUCACCAAGCAAGUUGACAUUGAGUUUCGGUCAGGGAUCCAAUGGGCACGAGCAAAGGGACUCAAUUACAUCCGUCCAAGACGACCCGUUCUUCAGGAACUAUCAAUCGCCUCACUCGGUAUCUUUAGCAAAGGAACUAAGGUCUGCAACAUAUAUGAAUCGGUACCGGGAUGAUGGUACGCCAGAAGAACCUCCCCCGCGCUCUCCCAACAGACCAUUGGUCGACAAUGCUGUGAAGUUAAAACUACCUCCCCAGUCGAGAAGCGGAAUGUCCGAUAUAAAUAUCGCCAUCAUUGGCAGCGCGGGCGUUGGGAAGAGUACGCUUAUCCAACGUGCACUGGGCUUACGAGCUCUACCUACCUCAAUUGCCUCGAGCCUUCGAAUGUCCGUGGAUAAUGUGGUUUAUACUGUUAGUUUGAUUGAGCUGGACCUGGAAUCUUUCGAUAUAGUGCCGGAUCGUCAUAUUGAAUGGCCCAAACAAAUAAACGGGCACAUUGUCCCCCGCAUGGACGGGGCUUUAUUGCUAUAUGAUGUUAUGAAUAGGGAUAGCAUUUCAGAACUUCCCCAGACUCUAAAGGGCCUUGCGAACUCCUCUUUACCAACGAUUCUUGUAUCUUGCAAAUGUGACAACCCAGGAAAUACCCGUCAACUCGAGGUGGACCAUGUGGAAGCCCUCUGCGUAUCCUGUGUUGAGGCAGUCAAAACUGCCGCGAAUGUACCCGAAAGUGCGAGACUGUGUCUCUCUUCUAUGCUUAGAGCCAUCAUGUCAAAGAGAAAUGAAGCUAUAAAUAGCGGCUUAGAAUUGCCUGGUUCUCGCCGUCGAGCCACUUCUUCGGCCCAUCUAGAAACACACCAGGAUCCAGCCAGACCACUCAGCCAACAAUCGAAACACAGCCGAGCAAGUUCAGAGUUCUCACUUCUCCGAGGAUUUCCCUCGCAGCCACCUGUAUCCUCACGCGGUCAAUCGCAACGUCCAAAUGGCCGGACCAAUCUUCAUCAAUUCUCCAUCCCCGAUCCACACGAAGCACCACCGCUUUCGUCUCAUCCAGCCUUCCGGAACGAAAGAUCGCCGCUAGCGGCUCCCGGGCGGGCGGUUGAUAGUGCUUUUCUAGAUAUGGAGGAAUCCGAUGCCGACUCUGCAUACCGAUAUUCGGAUGAUAUUCCCAUAUUGCAACGGAAUGACGAUAGUUUCUUUGACAAGCCUGCCAAAGUCUCGGGCGUCACAUUUGAUGAACUUGUCGAUAGGCUUCUAGGCCAGAACAUGUGCAGAGCAGACGACAAUUUCUCCGAUAUAUUUCUUUGUCUCUAUAGAAAGUUUGCUGCUCCCAGCGAAUUGUUUCAUGCGAUUCUGAACCGGCUUGAACGGAUCGCGCUUGAUAAGAAUACACACUACUUGACACGCACUGCAACGCAGCUCAGAAUUAUAACGGUGCUCGCCAGAUGGGUGUCAGGCUAUCCAGGGGAUUUUGCCAGUCCUUCGACCAGCCAGAAACUCAAUGCUUUUAUUGGCCACUUAUACAGCGAGCCUGUAUUUGCCGCCGCGGCACAAGACAUGAGGAUGCAGCUUCAGUCUCGUGUUGUAGAGGACGAUGAUACGGGGUGGGCGAGGACUGACGCUGACGUGGAGAGCGAGACUAGUAGCAAAGAGGAAUCAGAACCGGCCUCGCCUCUUCGACGUAAGCUCACUGAAAGUAGUGAUGUCGAGGAAGAUAUGCAGACUCUUGCCAUCGACGAGGAAGGAGGGGAAGACAUGGAAAGCCAACAAUCAAGAGCCGAUUCGGAAACUCGGUCAUUAUCACCGUCCUUUCACACAGUUGAGGAUUAUGAGAGAGAAGCAGCUACGAUGAUACCAAAAGCUACCCUUCCUCUCACAAAAUUCCGCUAUCACAUCUUUAUGGACACGCAUGACGAUUAUGUUGCAGAUGAAAUGACCAGGAUCGACUGGGUCAUGUUCUCUUCCAUCCGACUUCGAGACCUUGUCCGACAUGUUAGUCUUUCCUUAAAGCAAAAGGAGAAGUGUAAGAGCUUGGCCAACGUAAACCGAAUGAUCAACCAUUUCAAUCACAUUGCGCGCUGGGUCGCAAAUAUGAUUCUGAUGAGAGACAAAGCCAAGCACAGGGCUCAGAUGCUGGAAAAAUUCAUGACUAUUGCCUUGAAGCUUCGCAAGCUGAAUAACUACAAUGGUCUGGCAGCUGUGCUGGCGGGUAUCAACGGAACCGCUGUUCAUCGGCUAGCGCAAACCAGGGCUUUGGUCCCAGAGGAUGUCCAAAAGCGCUUCGCGCGGCUUGUUUUGUUGAUGGGCAGCCAGAAGAGUCACUUUGCAUAUCGACUAGCAUGGGAGAACUCUCCCUUGCCCCGAAUUCCAUUCAUCCCUCUCCACCGUCGAGAUCUUGUCUCUGCUGAAGAAGGCAGUCAGACUUUUGUUGGGGCCGGUGGGGACCGGAUUAACUGGAAGAAAUUUGAGGUGCUCUCAGAGGUCAUCUUGCCCAUUAUGAAGAGCCAAGUACUGCCCUACCCCAACCUGGCGAAACAUGAUAUCGCACGAGAAUUGAUAUUAGACUGUAGAAUGCCUGUGGACGAUGAGGAUAUAUACCAACGGAGUCUGUCUCUCGAAAGUCCAUCAGCAUCAGGAACUGUAGAACUCAGCAAGAAGAAGUUUCCAUGGUUUCAAAAGGAGAAAUAG